ACCGCAACCGGUUUUGAGGGUUUUGAGUUACUUUUUAUCAUUUUUACUUUAAUUACUUAAUACAUAGGAAAGUAAGGUGUUUUAGGGACUACAUAGUGCUUUAGAGUGACAUUAGAUAAUUUUUCUAAAGAUUAACAACACUUUUGACAGUAUUUUCAUUGAAUGAAAAUGAUUAUAUCAACAAGUCUCACAUUUAGGUUAGGAAAAAGACGUGGAUAGCGUGACCAGCAACAGCCGUUUCCAUAUUUAGGUCAAAAUUAAUAAAGUUUUUGAAUGAAAACAGUGUAGUAUUUUUAUUAAUACACGGCUCGAGAAUUGAUGGUUCAUUUUUCUGCUAUCUUAUUUAGAAGAUGGAACUCAACCCAGAUAUAUUAUUCAAUUUCGCGCCAAUUUUGUUCACGUUUAUUUUCAUAUUCGUCGUUUUACUGACAGUCUUCCAUAAAUUGAAAAUUCGAUGGCCAGUUAGAGCAAAUUGUUGGUUUUGUAAUUAUGAUGCAAGUAUUUGGAGACAUGAAGUGGAUUGGUGGCUAUGCCCAUCUUGCAGCCAGUAUAAUGGAUUUUCAAAGGAUGGAGAUUAUAACUAUUCUAUACCAGAACAAAAAGAAAUGCCUGAAUCUGCCACGUUUUAUACUUCUCGACACGCUUCUAAUUUAACCAAUUACAAAAAUGGCCUCUGUUUUAAUUGCAAUGAUAAUGAAGAACUCAAAUUGUACGAAUUGCGUAAGUUUGAACAAAUUGGUUCAAAAAGCAGCGAAAAGGAAUUGCUACAAUUCAGACAGACUGUCGAGGAGAAAUAUCCAUUAUGUUCUGGAUGCAAACAAGUUGUGAAUGACGUUUUACAUAAACAGUCAUUGUGGCUUGCUCGAUAUAAGAUGUUGUUCUUUAAACAAAGGCCCAUAAAAGCAAUCAUGAAUAGUGGACAUAAUAUAGAGAAGCUUUUUAGAAUCCUGUUGAUAAUUAUGGACUCUUUAAUAAUCUAUAAUUCUCAAUUUUGGCCACUAUCGAUUGUUGGCGUAAUCUUACAAUUGGGAAUUUGUUUUAUCCACUCUAAUACGGAAAAGCAACGCGAUAUAUUAGGAACAAUAUUGUGGAUUUGCAUAAGUGUAGUAUUGCAUAUUGAUGAAUCUAAAUUAUUGAAAACUGAUAUCAGGAAUUCCUGGAUGUCACUGGAGUACAUAACAAAAUACCAUUUCAUUACAGCGCUCGGCUCAAUUAUAGGAUUCAUGAAUCUAAAAUCAAAAUCUUACAAAGCGUCCGCAAAAACAGUUGUGGCAUUUAAGAAAUUGGAUACAUCUUUGAGUAGUACAUCGUCAUUGUCUCCCUCACCUUCGCCAAUUUUGCGUUCGCCCUCACCCCUAUUUUCGGCUUUUUCGUCUACUGUAAAAGUAAAUGAAAACUAUAAUCAUGAGAUGCCGCUUAAUUCUCCUGUUAAUGUUACGGAUUUGUUAAUGAAGAGUGGAUCGCUAGAGACUGAAAUACCUAUUCGUUUUAAGGAAUCAGUGAAAAAUAAACCUAUCUACUCAAACGAAAGCGGUGUUCCGCAAAAUCUCGAAAAAAUGCGGUUCUCUGAUGCCAGCAAUUUUGCCAAAAAAUCACCCAAUCAGCGAGAAAGUUGGUCCCUCAACGACAGUUUACACAAUUUAAGUACACUCUCAUUAAGUGAAGCUCAUCCAGAUAAAUUGAGGAAAACCAAGGUCUUUCAAACCCAAGUCUACAACACAUCAACUUCGGCAUUAUUCAGUAGGUGCAAUAAAAACAGUAAAAAAUCGAUCCUAGCGCCGCCAAAAUUACGAUCCGUGACUCAAUCAUGGGUGGCGGGCGGAUACUGGCAGGCCGGAAUGGACCCACCAACUUUGUCGCGCUCGUCGAGUCAAAGUUCCGGUUUUGGAUCUGCUGGCUCGAAUUUGGCACCCUCGAGAGAGCCCUCGGUUUACAAUGAUUUCGAUCAAAGUUCCGUGGUUUCCGAUGCAAUCCAAUGCUGCUGUUUGCUCUCUAGAAACAGGCAGAUCUCUUUCAAUCCCGACUGUCGAUUUAAUUAUUUAUUGGUACGACCCGCCAAUUCAACCUGCAGUCAUUUAUCAAAUUUCGCGCACAGUCCAGCUUCCUUUAAUAGUACUCUGCCUUUGGUAAAUUUACAAAAGAAUUAUCCAAUUCAGGACCAGUAUUCGACAAAUUCAGGUAAUCCGGUUAAUCAUUUGCAACAAGUGCCAGUUUAUAGGGGACAUACAACUGUGAUAACGAGUCCAGUCUGGCUGCCAGCAUUGCUCUGUGGUUCUCUGAUUUUCAAUAUGAUUGUUCUCUGCACCAUUUUGUUGCGCUAACAUUUUUUCUUAUUUUUUUAAAAAUCUUUCUUUGAAACGUGAGGUAUUUUUAAACCUUAUAAAGGUUCCAGAUUUCAGCGAGAAAUGAGAAAACUUUCGGUUCUUAUUGCUGGGAGUUUCUGGUUGGAAUUUGCGCCGCGUGGCGGCGCUUCUUGCAGUAGUAGUUGUAGCGGGAUCGAUCGUUCUGGGAAUGAUCGUGGCCGUAGGAAAAAUAUAUUGAAAAGUUAAAAUUUAAACAUUUAGGAAAUCUAGAGGCGUGUUACUUUUUUUAAAUAAUUCUUUUUUUUUUUUUUUUAGUAUAAACUAUUUGUGGAGUGUUAUUUAUAUUUGUAAAAUAGUGGGAGUGGAAUUAAUGAGGA